GAACUAUUCUACAGAAGGUGUUGGGGUGGGGGGACAGGUUUAAGUGUUACAAGAGGCGACCGGUGUUCUCUUUUUCAGAGUCCGGGUGCUGGCGGAUUUGGCGAAAGCUGCCAGCCACAUCGCCGAGCCAUGGCCCGUAAGAAGAAGGUCCGCGCCAUCGCUGCUAUGGCCCGCAAAGUGCGUGAGUACUGGGCGCUCAAGUCGCAGCCGCGGGACUGUGAGCGCUACGCCCUGGACUACGAGAACAUGAGGCGGCCGUACAGCGGCAAGAAGCUGCCGGUGCUAGCGCACCGUGACAUCCGCACCGAGAGCCGCCUCUUCCAGAUCCUCAAUCGCCUGCCCCUCUUCGGCAUCGGCCGCCUCGUCACGAAGAAGUCCUGGCUCCAUGCUUACGACGAGCCCUGCUACUGGGUCAUCAACAAGGUCAAGGUGGAUUACACCGCUCAGGAUAUGGACCAUGGAAAAGCAUGGGGAGUGUUAACAUUCAGAGGGAAGACUGAGGACACCGUUAAAGAAAUGGACAAAGUCAUGUACCAUGAUUGGCGUUUGAUACCGAAACACGAGGAAGAAGCUUUCAAGAGCUUCACCCCAACUCCCGAGGUGACUAUCCGCUAUGUCCCUUAUCCUCCUUUGCUCCGUGCCAUGAUAUUGGCUCAGAGAGAGAAAAUGGAGGAACCUACAGGAGAGGAGCCCAUGAUUGACCUGCAGAGAAUUCGACACUUUCCAAAGGACUAUUUUAAAAAUUUGGACUUGAAGAAACAACCUGAGGGUACCCCAGUGUAAUAAAACUAUAUCACUCUGAGAUAUUCAUGGACUAAAAUGCCUUUUUUUUUUAUUGCUAAUGGACAUGCUAGUCA